AAAGUAAUAAGUAUUAUUAUUCGUAGACAAUUCUUGUGGAGUUUCCGUUUGCCAGGAGAAGCACAAAAGAUCGAUAGGAUGAUGGAAUGCUUUGCAAAAAGAUACUGUGAAUGUCAGGGAGAAAAUAAUAUAUUUCAAAAUUCGGACACGUGUUAUGUUCUUUCAUUUGCCAUCAUCAUGCUGAACACGAGUCUCCACAAUCCAAGCGUUAAAGAAAAACCAACGAUCGAUCAGUUUAUUAAUAUGAAUCGAGGCAUCAAUAUGGGACAGGAUUUACCAAGAGAAUUACUGGUGGGUCUUUAUGAAAGUAUCAAAGCUGAGCCUUUUAAGAUUCCAGAAGAUGAUGGUAACGAUUUAAUGCAUACGUUUUUUAAUCCGGACAAAGAAGGUUGGCUGUGGAAACAAGGCGGUCGUUAUAAAAGUUGGAAACGGCGCUGGUUCAUUCUAAACGAUAACUGCCUGUAUUAUUUUGAAUACACGACAGAUAAGGAGCCCCGAGGUAUCAUCCCAUUGGAGAACAUCUCCGUCCGAGAAUGUACCGAUCGUCAAAAACAACAUUGCUUUGAACUUUAUGCAAGUGGAGGUGCGGAUUUCAUAAAGGCCUGUAAAACAGAUUCGGAAGGUAAAGUUGUCGAGGGUAAGCAUACGGUUUAUAGAAUGUCGGCAAGUAGCGAAGAGGAAAAGAUCGAUUGGAUGAACAGAUUAAGUCAAAGUAUAAGUCAUAAUCCUUUUUACGAUAUGCUGGCCAGUAGAAAGCGGAAAGCCCAAUAUACAGCCAAAAAUUAACCAAUACAAUACCAUACAACAAUUGAGAUUUUUGUGUGCUCAUGUCACCCUUAUAAUUUUCACUAUCAUUUUUUUUUUUCAAUUUAUGGUAUAUGAAGCCGCUGAAAUUAAUUAUUAACUAAAAGUAAAUUUCAUAAUGAAAUUUGUUAAACUCGUCGUUUUUAAUGCAGUACUGUGCUCGUUGGUCUGUAGUAAUACCUAAAUUUACAUAUGUAAUUAAUAACGAACGGUAUGUGAUGAUAGUAAUUUUUUAAAUAAAGUCCUACAUAUUUCUACUUAUUUUCUAGAGAAGAUGUGAACGAUAAAUAUGCUCAAAAAACAAAAUUCUUUCUCUUUUCCUAAUCGCCUUUCAUGUUCUUUAUAAGUACUUUGAAAAUUAGCCCAAGCAGGUUGUUUGUUGUAUUUUACACGAAUUUCUUAAUUAGGGGAGACGUGUCGACAUUUCGAUCGUUUGAUAUUUCUAUGAAUUAAUGCGAUUAAUAAUCGUCACAUAUCGAAGAACCUAACGAGAGACUGGGCUUGCAAUUAUUGUUAAGCUCCUUACAUAUCGAUUAAUUAACAAGUUUUAUUAUUUGUUGUUUGCAAUUAAAAAAGAAAUUUGUUCAUGGAAAAUUACAUAUGUCGAGGUUUCUCAAAUGUUUUAUUUUAACUUUGCUUUGUACAUUUGCAUAUUUAGAAUAUUUGUUAUAUUUUCUUCGAACUUGUAUGUACAGCGUAUGUGUGCGUGCGUGCGUUGUUGUUGUUGUUAUUAUGAUUUAUAAAUUACUAUUUUAUAAUAUUUUAAAUACUAGUCGAACCCUGAAAAUUAUUAUAUGUAUAAAUAUUUACAAAUACUAACGUAGGAAUUUAUAUUAUUCAUUGAUACCUGAAGGAAUCGUAAUACACCUUUCUUAUUAUCAAUUAAGAGAAACUUUUUGUACAUGAAUUGAAUGUAUAUAAUAAGUUAAGUAUGUACCUAUAUGUGAUGUACAUAUUAUAAUAUUAUGUGAAUCUUUUAAGAAGCAAUAAACAAUUGUUUCCUAAACUAUGUAAAAAUGCA